AUGAUCAUGGGGAAAUUGACGAUGCGGGAGAGGGUGGAGGAAAUGAAGCCGGCGGCGGUGAUGGUGGUUGUCCAGGUGGCGUUCGCCGGCGUCAACAUCUUCUACAAGCUCGCCGCCAGCGACGGGAUGAGCCUCAAGAUCAUCGUCGCCUACCGCUUCCUCUUCGCCACCGCCUUCAUGGUCCCACUAGCCCUCGCCCUCGAAAGGAAGAAGCAGCCGAAAUUCCGGUGGUCCAUCCUGUUCCAUGCAUUCAUCUGUGGCCUGUUCGGGGGCUCGCUGGCUCAGAAUCUGUACCUGGCAAGCCUGGCGCUAACCUCGCCGACGUUCGCUUCCGCCAUGGCGAAUCUCGUCCCGGCGAUCACCUUCCUGCUGGCCGUCACCUUCAGGAUAGAGAGGCUGGGGCUGGGAAGCGUGGGAGGGAAAGCGAAGCUGGUGGGGACGUUAAUUGGGAUAGGUGGCGCCAUGCUGCUGACUUUAUACAAAGGCGCGGUUCUCGACAUCUGGUCAACACAUGUUGACCUCCUCCACUCGCCACCGCAUUCCUCCGGCGGCCACGUGGCGGACCACCAGAACCGUGGCCUCGGCGCUCUCUUUGCCAUUGGGAGCUGCUGCUCCUAUGCCCUCUGGCUCAUCGUUCAGGCGAAGAUGGGGGAGAAGUAUCCGUGUCCGUACUCGGCGACGGCGUUGAUGUGCGUCAUGGGAUCGAUCCAAGCCAUCGUAUACGCUCUGUGUUCCGAAAGGGACUGGAAUCAAUGGAAGCUCGGUUGGAACGUCCGCCUCCUCAGCGUCGCAUACUGCGGAAUCGUGGCGUCGGGGCUGAUGGUGACGGUAAUCGCGUGGUGCGUGAAGAAGCGAGGCCCGCUGUUCGUCUCCAUCUUCAACCCGCUCAUGCUCGUCUGCGUCGCCGUGGCUUCGAACCUCCUCCUCGACGAGAAGCUGCACCUCGGGAGCGUGAUGGGAGCGACGCUGAUCAUAUUCGGGUUGUACUUGGUGAUUUGGGGGAAGGGGAAAGAGAUGGACAAGCAGACGGUGGAGAAAGAGGUGACGAUCGGUGUUCAUAGCAAUGUCAACAUUCCUAGCGUUCGCGUCGAUGAUGAUCCACCGACGGGAACGGAUCACGAGGAUCGUCGGGAUGCGAGCGUCGAGAUUGUGGUUGUGCGUCUGUCGUCGGAUGGGACGGGGCAGGCGCUCGACAUGACUGCGAGGAGCACGAUUAUUCGUGAUCGCGAGGAAGUCGUGGUGGUGCGUGUUUCGGCGGAUGGGAGGUGUCAAGCCGACGUGGUUGGUGAUGAUGAUUCGGAGAACGGCGGCGUUUCCGUGAAGGCUGAGGAGAUCGCCGACGGGAGGGAGGAACAAAGUGAAAGAGACACGUUACGUACGUAGCUAGAGAUAUAUAGCUAGAUAGGUUGAGAAACGUAUACUUAGAGAUGUACUAACUUUGGUUAUAGGUGUAAGAAGUAGGGAAAAUAUGUGUUGUUGGUAGUUAGGGUUCGUAUAUAGCGUUUUGUAAAGGAUAUGUCACAUUACAAUGAAGCAAAAAUAACGGUGCAAGGUGUUUGAUAUGUCACAUUCAUGAUCAGCUGACUUUAGCAAAUUUGCAGGUUUUUUCAGUUCGGCCGGCUGCGGUGAGGGCC